CAGAGUUUUCAAAGAAGAAACUCAUUAACUUGGAGCUGGAGAACUACCUUGCAUAAAAUACUAAAAUGAAAGAAUCAAUAGCUGGCGAAUGUGAUAAGGCAGUUGCACCACAUCUAGGACAUCUAAAUGAAAUUAAGAUGGAACCUGACAAUGCUCAUGAGUAUUGUCAAGCCCAACAACCCAAAAAUCAAGAGAAUGAACUGAAAAUAAACACUACAUUUUCAAACGAUGCCUCAGAGUUGACUACAGGCAUUCAACUUUCUCUGGCAUCAUCAGGAAUGAAUAAAAUGCUCCCUUCAGUUGCAUCUACAGCUACUCAGGUUUCCUGUUCUGGUUGUAAAAAAAUUCUUCAGAAGGGGCAAACAGCUAUUCAGAGGAAAGGGUCUACUCAGCUUUUCUGCUCCACUCCAUGUAUCAGUGAAUACAUUUCAUCUACCAAUUCACCAGCUCUUCCCAGGAGAAUUUGUUCAAACUGCUCGAAGGAUAUUUUAAAUCUAACGAAUGUGAUCACUAAUCAGUCAGAAGAUACCUCUAGCAAAACUUUUUGCAGCCAAGCUUGUCUUUCAUCCUAUGAAGAAAAGAGAAAACCUUUUGUUUCUAUGUGCAAAAAUAAUAUUUUAACCAAAUGCAGCGUGUGUCAGAAGACUAUUAUUAAGCCAACCAAGACUCUUACAUCUGGUCUUUGCAAACCAUUGAAACCCUCAGAUGAAAUGGUUGAGAUAACCAGUGACUUGGGAAAGACAGAGCUUUUCUGUUCCAUUACUUGUUUCUCUGUUCACAGUAAAGUUAAGAUGGAAUCUUCCACAGUAAAUGUUCCCAAGGUGCACAGUGCUUCAGUGGAACUCCCUUCUCCAAAGAAAGAUACAACUCCAGUUAUAAGCAGUAUAGUAUCCUUGGCAGACACUCAGGUUGCUGUGCCCAUCAUGAACUCUGGUGUCUUACAAGAUACAAUUUAUUCAGACACAGACAAAGAUGUUGCAGAUACUCCUAAGAGUUCACCUUGUGAAACAAAUAUCGCUAAUAGUGCUGUGGAACAACCAAGCCUUUCACCAUCUUCCUCAGUACUCAGUCAGCAUACAGUUGGCUCCAAUAUUGAAGAUCAAGAAUCAAACCCGAAUCCUGCUUGCAGGGUGAAACUUGUGAAAAUAACUGAUGAACUCUGUCUCCCAAACUUUACAGCCAGAAUUCAAAAAAGUAAAUUACCAAGCAUUAAAAACUCUUGCUGUUCAAGAUUUCAUCAUUUGAGAAACACUAUUAAAAAGGAUGCGACAUUCUGUUACUCAUGCCAGUUAUUCUGCCAAAAAAAUUGUAGUUAUCAAGGAGAUUCCUUCACAACCCAAGACGUUUCUAACUGGGAAAAAACCCUCGAGAAUUUUCGAAAGCAUGAAAACAGUGAAAUGCAUUUGAAAUCUUUACAAUUUUGGAGGGAAUACCAGUUUUAUGAUAAAACUAUUGAUGAUAGUCUAUCUGUUAGUUCUAAACAGAUAGAAGAAAAUAAGAAGUACCUAAGACUUGUCAUUGAAAAUAUUUUAUUUUUGGGGAAGCAGUGUUUAUUCCUAAAAGGAAAUGAAGAGUCUCUUUCAUCUAUAAAUAAAGGCCAUUUUUUAGAAUUGCUAGAAAUCAGAGCAAAAGAUAAAGGAGAAGGAGUAUUACAACUUAUGACUUCACAAAUUGACUUUUAUAAUAGUACACAGAUUCAGAACAAUAUUAUUGAAAUCAUCAAGACUGAAAUGUUGCAAGAUAUUGUAAAUGAGAUAAAUGUCUCCUCAGCUUUUUCAAUAAUAUGUGAUGAAAUAAAUGAUAAAGGCACUAAAAAUUGGGUUUCAGUUUGUGUAAGAUACCCACAUAAAAUAUCAAAGGCUAUCUUAAUUAAAGAAAGAUUCUUGGGUUUCAUAGACGUUGACGAGAUGAAUGGCACCAACUUGCAUAGGACUAUCAAAACUUACCUUCAGCAGAUUGGAGUCGAUAUGAAUAAAAUACGUGGCCAGGCAUAUAACAGUGCUACUAAUUUGAGGAAGAAAUUUAAUGAAAGUGCAGAAGAAUUCAAGAAGGAAGAGCCACGAGCUUUAUAUACACAUUGUCACGCACACUGUUUGAACUUGGCAGUAAUUAGAUUUUGUAAAGAAAUAAAAGAACUCAGGAGUGCUCUGAAUACUCUCACUAUUUUGUUCAGCACCAUUCGUAAGUCUGAGAAUAUGUCAGCUAAUUUUCAAAACAUUUGUAAGUUAAGUCAAAACAAAAUAUGCAAGAAACAUUUAUCACAGUCGUGUUGGAUAAUCCAUGAUCAGGUACUGUUAUCUGUGAUUGAGGGUCUUCCAGAAAUUAUUGAAACACUAGAAGUUGUAUUAACUCAGACUUCAAACACAAGUUUAGCUGAUAAAUUGAAUGAUUUAUUGAUAUUAGUUUCCAAAUUUGAAUUCAUCUUUUGUUUGAAAUUUCUUUAUCGAGUACUAAGUGUAACAGGAAUUCUUUCCAAAGAACUUGAAAGUGAAGCCACAGAUAUUUUUUCUUUGUCUCCAAAAAUAGAAGCUGUUUUGGAAUGUUUAUCCUCUGAAAGAAAUGGUGUCGAUUUCAAAACACUUUGGGAUGGAACACAGGAAAUAUGUCAAAGAAUAACCUGUAAAGGUUUUGAAGUUGAAAGCCCUUCUUUACAGAAAAGAAGAAAGAUUCAGAAAACAGAACAUGGUGGUUUAAGUAGCAUAUUUUCUCCUAUCUCAACAGAAGAACAAUAUAAAAUUAAUGUGUAUUAUCAGGGAUUAGACUGUAUACUACAAAAUUUAAAAUUAUGUUUUUCAGAGUUUGAUUAUUUAAAAAUUAAGCAAGUUUCAGAACUCUUAUUUAAAUGGAAUAAACCAUUAAAUGAAUCAACAGCCAAGCAUGUCCAAGAGUUUUAUAAGCUGGAUGCAGACAUUGUCCCAGAACUUAGAUUUUAUCGACAAUAUGCAAAGCUUAAUUUUAUCAUAGAUCAUAAUCAUAUUGACUUUGUCAGUCUUGGCUAUUUAUUUAUUCAGCAUGGUCUUCACAGUAAUAUUCCGUGUAUAUCAAAGCUGUUAUAUACUGCAUUGUCUUGGCCAGUUACUUCAGCAAGUGCUGAAAACUCAUUUUCUAUAAUGUCUCGUCUUAAAACAUACUUAUGUCAUACCGAAGGCCAAGAAAAGCUUAAUGGCCUGAGUCUAAUGGCUAUUGAACAAGAAUUGGUAAAUAAGCUGAUGGAACCUGAAAGACUGAAUGGAAUUGUGGAAAAGUUUAUCCAUCAUAUGAAAUAAAUAUAAUAGUUUUCCCAUUUGGACCUAUUUAAAAUAA